CCCGCUCCGUCGCGCGCCUUCUCCAUCAUCGCUGCGCGCCGCGUCCGGGAGUGACGCGCGGGCUCCGGCACCGCCAGCAUGGAGGAGGCGGGGGCCGCCCCUGCCCCGGCGCUCGCCGAGCUGCGGGCGGACGACUGUUAUGCUGAUUUCUUCAGAGAAGACUUUGAUGUGAAAGCUUACACUUCCCAGUCCAUCCAUCAGGCUGUGAUAGCUGAGCAACUGGCUAAGCUUGCUCAAGGUAUUAGUCAGUUGGAUAAAGAGUUGCAUUUACAAGUUGUUGCAAGACAUGAAGAUCUGUUGGCCCAAGCAACUGGAAUUGAAUCCCUGGAAGGUGUCCUCCAAAUGAUGCAAACUAGAAUUGGUGCUCUACAAAGCACUGUUGAUAGAAUUAGAGCCAAAAUUGUUGACCCCUACAACAAAAUAGUGUCUCGCACAGCUCAGCUAGCAAAACUUCAAGCUGCCUGUGACUUGCUGCGGAGGAUAAUACGCAUCUUGUAUCUCAGUAAGAGACUUCAAGGACAACUGCAAGGAGGGAGCAGAGAGAUAACAAAAGCUGCCCAGAGUCUCAAUGAACUUGAUUAUCUUUCUCAAGGGAUAGAUCUGUCUGGAAUAGAAGUAAUUGAAAAUGACCUGCUUUUUAUUGCAAGAGCUCGUCUUGAGGUGGAGAGCCAGGCUAAAAGGUUGCUUGAGCAAGGUGUGGAGACUCAGAAUCCUACUCAAGUGGGAACUGCUCUUCAGGUUUUCCAUAAUCUUGGGACUUUGAAGGAUACCAUUGCUAAUGUGGUGGAUGGAUACUGCACAGCACUGGAAGAGAACAUAAAAAAUGCUUUGGAUAUCAAAGUGUUGACCCAACCAUUUCAAACAGUCACAAGAGGUGGCCCUGGUAGAGCUGCUAUGCCAACACCUGGGAACACAGCAGCUUUUCGAGCAGCCCUCUGGACAAACAUGGAGAAACUCAUGGAUCAGAUCUGUGCUGCUUGUGGACAGGUGCAGCAUUUGCAGAAAGUAUUGGCAAAGAAAAGAGAUCCCGUGUCACAUGUCUGUUUCAUAGAGGAGAUAGUUAAGGAUGGCCAGUCUGAUAUUUUGUACAAAUUUUGGACUGCAGUAACCCAGACACUUUCCUCUCAGUUUCAGUCAGCAACAGACUCCUCUAUGUUUUUGAAACAAGCAUUUGAAGGAGAAUACCCUAAAUUACUGAGGCUUUAUAAUGACUUGUGGAAGCGCCUCCAGCAGUAUAGUCAAAAUAUUCAGAGGAAUUUUAACACAAGUGGAAGUACUGAUCUUUUUGCUGAAUUACAACAAAUGGAAGAAGAUGCACACGACAUAUUCAUGCAAAAAAAAGAAGAUUAUGAUCCAGAAAAGGCCUUGAAAGAUUCACUGCAACAGUAUGAAGCUGCCUAUCUGUCAAAAUCCUUAUCACGACUGUUUGACCCCAUCAAUCUUGUCUUUCCUCCUGGAGGUCGGAAUCCCCCCUCUUCUGAUGAGCUUGACAGCAUCAUUAAAACUAUAGCCAGUGAGCUAAAUGUGGCUGCUGUUGAUCCAGACCUGAGUUUAGCUGUGGCCAAAAAUGUGGCGAAGACCAUUCAGCUUUAUGGUGUAAAAUCAGAGCAGCUUCUGUCUACUCAAGGAGACGCCAGCCAGGUGAUUGGGCCACUGACAGAGGGCCAGAGGAGGAACGUGGCUGUGGUUAAUUCUCUGUACAAACUGCACCAGGCAGUGCUGAAGGUUAUUACCAGUCAGAGCUCAUUUCCAGCAGCUGCUGAGCAAACGGUCACAACUGCCUUAAAGGCAGUCCAUGAUCUAAUGGGUAACGCUGUUCAGCCGCUACUGAACUCUGUAGGAGACUCAGUGGAAGCUAUUAUCAUCACUAUGCACCAGGAAGAUUUUUCUGGAUCAUUAUCCAGCUCAGGAAAACCAGAUGUCCCUUGUUCUCUCUACAUGAAAGAGCUUCAGGGUUUUAUAGCAAGAGUCAUGAGCGACUACUUCAGACAUUUUGAGUGUUUUGACUUUGUCUUUGAUAACACUGAAGCCAUGGCUCAAAGAGCAAUUGAACUUUUCCUUCGCCAUGCCAGUCUGAUAAGGCCCCUCGGUGAGGGUGGGAAGAUGCGCCUGGCAGCGGAUUUUGCACAGAUGGAGUUAGCAGUAGCACCGCUGUGCCGGCGAGUCUCCGACUUAGGAAAAUCUUACAGACAGCUGAGGUCAUUCAGACCACUGCUGUUCCAGACCAGUGAGCAUAUUGCCAGUAGCCCAGCUCUGGGAGAGGUUAUUCCAUUCAGCAUUAUUCUUCAGUUCUUAUUUACAAGAGCACCACCAGAGCUAAAAUCACCCUUCCAGAGAGCUGAGUGGUCCAUUGCCCGCUACUCCCAGUGGCUCGAUGAUCAUCCAUCUGAAAAAGACAGGCUUGCUCUCAUACGCGGUGCACUGGAAGCUUAUGUUCAAUCAGUGAGAACAAGAGAGGGAAAGGAGUUUGCACCAGUCUAUCCCAUAAUGGUUCAGCUGCUGCAGAAAGCCAUGUCAACCCUUCAGUGAACACACCUGGACAAGGCUCUCGCACCACGCUAACACAGCUGGGGGAUUUGGUGCCACUUACAUGUUCACUGUUCAUGUAAAUUAUCCCCAAGUACAUCAGCUUUACAAUGAAACAUUUACCUACUUCACGUCUGAAA